AGUCUGCAUCUUUGUCGACAAUACUCAAAUUCUUCUUACAUGAAUGCUUUUGUCAACGUGCGUAGUCUUCGGGUACCCUCUCACCAUCUUCGUCUCCUCCGAGAUUGCUCAACUUCACUCUCCCCGUAUCUUCCAAUCUUAAAGCAAAUCAUCAAGCAAUGCUCGACCCCCAAGCUUCUGGAGUCUGCUUUAGCCGCCAUGAUCAAGACGAGCCAAACCCAAAACUGUUACUUAAUGAACCAAUUCAUCACUGCCUGCUCUUCCUUUAAUCGUCUUGAUCUCGCGGUUUCCUUCAUGACCCAGAUGCAGAAACCUAAUGUUUUCGUCUAUAACGCGUUGAUUAAAGGCUUCGUUACUUGUUCUCACCCGAUUCGAUCUCUGGAAUUCUAUGUUCGUAUGCUCAGGGACUCCGUUUCUCCAUCAAGCUACACGUACUCUUCACUAGUACAGGCUUCUGCUUUCGCUUCUGGGUUUGGAGAAUCACUUCAGGCGCACAUCUGGAAAUUUGGAUUUGGUUUCCAUGUUCAAAUUCAGACGACUCUUAUUGGUUUUUAUUCAGCAUCUGGUAGAAUCAGAGAAGCCAGGAAAGUGUUUGAUGAAAUGCCUGAAAGAGAUGAUGUUACUUGGACCACAAUGGUUUCUGCUUAUCGCCAGGUCUUGGAUAUGGACUCUGCCAAUUCUUUAGCUAACCAAAUGCCGGAGAAGAAUGAGGCUACGUGGAACUGUUUGAUUGAUGGCUAUACGAGAUUAGGCAAUCUGGAACUAGCAGAGUCAUUGUUUAAUCAGAUGCCUGUGAAGGACAUAAUCUCAUGGACCACUAUGAUCAACGGUUACUCGCGCAAUAAAAGAUAUAGAGAAGCAAUUGCAGUGUUCUACAAAAUGAUGGAGGAAGGGAUCAUUCCUGAUGAGGUUACUAUGUCAACUGUUAUUUCAGCUUGUGCCCAUCUCGGCGUACUGGAAAUAGGUAAGGAGGUUCAUAUGUACACGGUGCAGAACGGGUUUGUCCUUGAUGUCUACAUUGGUUCUGCACUGGUAGAUAUGUAUUCCAAAUGUGGUAGCUUAGAGCGGGCGCUUCUGGUUUUCUUCAAUUUGCCCAAAAAGAAUCUAUUUUGUUGGAAUUCGAUCAUUGAAGGACUGGCGGCUCAUGGUUUCGCACAAGAAGCACUGAAAAUGUUCGCCAAGAUGGAGAUGGAGUCUGUCAAACCUAACACAGUCACUUUUGUGAGUGUUUUUACUGCGUGUACUCACGCAGGUCUUGUUGAAGAAGGCCGGAGGAUAUAUCGUAGCAUGAUUGAUGACUAUUCCAUUGUCUCUAAUGUUGAACAUUAUGGAUGCAUGGUUCAUCUAUUCAGCAAAGCGGGGUUGAUCUAUGAGGCCCUUGAAUUGAUCGGAAGUAUGGAAUUUGAACCAAAUGCGGUUAUCUGGGGGGCCUUGCUUGAUGGGUGCAGAAUUCACAAGAAUCUAGAGAUAGCUGAGAUAGCGUUUAACAAACUGAUGAUUUUGGAGCCGAUGAAUAGUGGGUAUUAUUUCCUUUUAGUUAGCAUGUAUGCAGAACAAAACAGGUGGAGAGAUGUUGCAGAGAUUAGGGGAAGGAUGAGAGAGUUGGGUAUAGAAAAGAUAUGUCCUGGGACAAGUUCGAUUCGGAUAGAUAAACGAGACCAUCUGUUUGCUGCAGCUGAUAAGUCUCACUCAGCUUCAGAUGAGGUUUGCUUGCUGCUUGAUGAGAUAUAUGAGCAGAUGGGAUUAGCUGGAUAUGUGCAGGAAACUGAGAAUGUAUAUUAAGAGGUACCAAAACUUUCUUACAUAAUUGAAAGCUUUCUUAACA